GUACUAUCAUGCUCACAUGCCAAGCAGACAGUCCCAUGUCAGGCUUGACUGAUACUGCCCAUCUGAGGGCGAUAUCAUGCAGACGCAAGAGAGCAAGCAAGCGCGUGUAUCUGCGCGGGGUAGGGAGCUCAGAGGGAGGGAGGGGGAGAGAGGAGUAUAAGAGAGCUAGGCUGAGCCACGAGCAAGUCUUCACUUCACACGCACCUGACGGCAGGAGGCAAACAGCGAAGGAAUGCCCUCCACUGAGUCACGGCCCAGCGGAACCAGCGCCGGGGGAUGCAUGCUGAAGGUGCUGUGCUGGCAGUGUGUGUGCUGGCUCUGUCCGUUCCUCCUCCUGCUCUCGUUACCCGAACACACACACGCAGGCCGGCCUCGCUGUGGCAUUGAGCUAAUGGCCGACCUGGAGUUCGUCUGCGGAGACCGUGGCUUCUACCGGGGUCGGACUGGAGGUCGACGAGGCCUUGCUCGGGCACGAGGGAAAGGCAUCAUUGAUCAGUGCUGUGUGAAGGGAGGCUGUGACCUGCAGUACCUGGAGUCCUACUGCGCCAAGCCCAAACGCAAGCGUCGUCAUGCAGCAGACGCAGCACAGCACGACAUGGAGCUGAUGUUCAGAGCCCUGUUUGUGAGGAGGUACACACAGCAGGCUUCACACAUGGCAGACCGACACGAGGAGAGGACACAGUUCCUGAAGACCCGCAGAGACUCGCACAAACUGACAGAAAAGCAACCUCCGUUACCUGAGCAACUGAACGAUGACGCUUCUUUACAACACAGUGGCAGCUCAACAACAGAACAACACCACAACAGCGACCCACCCUUACAACCUGACGCACAGCCUAUGAAAAGGACUUGUUUGCCUGCAUUUGGAUAAUGGACACUAUGGUCAACUUGUGCCUGUUCAAAAAGACAUUUGGGGGAACAUGGGUUGAGCCCAUAGAUGCCAUGACAGUGGGAGGGGAAGGGGGACAGAAGGGUCUCUGGUGCACAUUGAGAGGGGCAGUGUUGGCAUAUUGUAUGAUGAAAUAGAAUUGAGGUGUGUGUGUGUGUGUGUGUCAGAGAGAGAGAGAGAGAGAGAGAGAGAGAGAGAG